ACCUCCCCCCUCCUACUGGGUUCCUCCAGCCCUCCCUCUCUGGCAUUCUCUCUCUCUCUCCCUCUCACUCUGUGUCUCUCCACCCCCUCUCAGAGCGUCAUGCAGAGGCUGUUGGUUUGCUCCGCCGUGUCUGGGGCUCAGCGAGAGCUGUGAGAGGCUGUUAUUUAGGUCUGUUACAGCAGACAGGGAGCAGCUCACCCGAGGGCAGGGGGGAGAGCAGCGAGUCAGAGUCACGCUCAGCUCAGCUCAGCCAGGCAGGACCCAGAUCUGCAUUCCAGCUGAGAGGCGGAAAGGGGAAACUCCAGCAUUGGCAGAAAAGGACAGACAGAGACAGAGAGGGAGAGAGUGACAGUGAGAGAUAAGUGAAGGCAGCAGAUCCAGCGAGCUGUUGCUGCUGUUUGUUGUUGUCACUGGCUCGGAGAGUGACGUGAGCGGGGGGGAGCAGGGCAGGAUACAGGCAGCACUGAGAGCUCAUAGUGAUUUUUUCUUUUUCGCUGCGGGUGGGGGGGUGCCAUGUUUGACUGUAUGGAGGCUCUGGGAAUGGGCCCCCGUCAGCUCUAUGAUGUCACCAGCCGCGGUGCAUGCAUGCUACGGAAGGCGAGCCCCUUCUUUGCAGGCCUGGACCCCUUUGCCUGGACAGGCAGUGCCAGCAUUCAGUCGGUGGAGACCCAGAGCACCAGCUCUGAGGAGAUGGUACCCAGUUCUCCGUCUCCACCUCCCCCACCUCGCAUCUACAAGCCCUGCUUUGUGUGCCAGGACAAGUCCUCGGGGUACCACUACGGGGUCAGCUCCUGUGAGGGCUGCAAGGGUUUCUUCCGGCGCAGUAUCCAGAAGAACAUGGUGUACACCUGCCACCGAGACAAGAACUGUCAGAUUAACAAGGUCACACGCAACCGCUGCCAGUACUGCAGGCUGCAGAAAUGCUUUGAGGUCGGCAUGUCCAAGGAAGCGGUACGCAACGACCGAAACAAGAAGAAGAAGGACGUGAAGGAGGAGGUGGUGCUUCCCGAGAGCUACGAGCUGAGCGGGGAGCUGGAGGAGCUGGUCAACAAAGUCAGCAAAGCUCACCAAGAAACCUUCCCGUCACUGACCCAGUUGGGCAAAUACCACACCAACUCCAGCUCAGACCACCGUGUCCAGCUGGAUCUGGGUCUAUGGGACAAGUUCAGUGAGCUCUCCACCAAAUGCAUCAUCAAGAUUGUGGAAUUUGCCAAGCGGCUGCCAGGAUUCACCACCCUCACCAUCGCCGACCAGAUCACUCUGCUGAAGUCGGCCUGCCUGGACAUACUGAUGCUGAGGAUCUGCACACGCUACACCCCAGAGCAGGACACCAUGACCUUCUCAGAUGGCCUGACUCUGAACCGCACUCAGAUGCACAACGCCGGCUUCGGACCUCUCACAGACCUGGUGUUCGCCUUCGCUGGCCAGCUUCUACCCCUGGAGAUGGACGACACAGAAACCGGCCUCCUCAGCGCCAUCUGCCUCAUCUGCGGAGAUCGUAUGGAUCUCGAAGAGCCCCAGAAAGUGGAUAAGCUGCAGGAGCCUCUACUUGAGGCUCUGAAGAUCUACGCUCGCCGCCGCCGCCCCAACAAGCCCCACAUGUUCCCCCGCAUGCUGAUGAAGAUCACUGACCUCAGGGGCAUCAGUACCAAGGGUGCAGAGAGAGCCAUCACUCUGAAAAUGGAGAUCCCCGGGCCAAUGCCUCCGUUGAUCAGGGAGAUGCUCGAGAACCCAGAAGCUUUUGAAGACCAAACGGAGAGCAACGACAGCCCGCCGCCUCCGCCGCCGCCCCCGCCACCUCCGCCACCGGCUCUGGUCCUGAAGCAGGAGGCGGAGGACGAGGACGACAGCUGGGCCACAGAGAACGGCAGCGAGCCGUCGCCGGAGGAGGAGGACGAGGAUGACGACGACGACGGGGGGGAUGAAGAGCGAGACAGGGGCUCGGACAGUGACGGGGAGUCCUGGGGGGUUCUGGAUGGCAUAGACGGGUCGAGGAAAGGCCUUUUCGGGAGGGCCCAGUGAACGGAGCAUUUCAUACACACACACACACAGUACAGACAUACACGCACACACACACAACACACACACACAUUACAGACACGCAGCACAACCUCACCCACUGUCCCACCUCAAGAAAAUGCUGGCCCUCCCUCCCCCCAUCCCCCCCCCCCCCCCCCCGAUCUCUCUCUUUAAUGCACAUCACUGUGACCUCCUCCGCGGAGCACAGCAGAGCCUUAUGUGUACAGACGCUCCUAACUCAGGCCACAUGGUCCAUGACAAGUGAACUACAGAGAAAGUAAAAGUAAAGGAGAGAUGACGGAAAACCAUAUGAACUCGUGGCGCAGCCAAGAGGGAAGUUAACGUGACAAAAAGAACACAACCUCUCUGAGAAAGCGAAAAUGUCUCUUUUUUUUCUUUUCUUUUUCCUGUUAUUUUCUUUUUUUUUUAUAUCUAAAUAGGGGAACGGCCAAAACCAGACAUCAGAACCGAGCAGUUGACUCCGACGGACGACAACAAGCACAUUUCUCAAAAAGAAAACAAGAGUACAGGGCAAAACCAAAUCGAGUAUGCUAAUCGUUUGUUUUUAUUUGUGGCUAUUGCUUUUGAAUACUGUUUUUUUGCAAUUUAUGAAUUAAGUCCAUACAUAUCUAUAUACCAUUAUAUUUUGUCUUUAUGUGUUAUUCUGGUUUUAUAUAUGAAUUCUUUAGACGAGUUGUUUCUUUGAAGAGCUUUCCUGAGAAGAUAUUCAGAGGGAAAGAAGGGUAAUCAGAACUGGCUGGGUCUUCCGUAACAGCUGCUUAUGCUUGGCUGGGGCUUGUUUUGGGCACUUUGGCUCACUGUGGAUGUCAAUGAUAAUCAAACCCAGAGACCUAUUGUUAUGUCGCAGUAACUCAAUCAGUUUCUGUCAUCAGGGAAUUGGCAUUAUUCUAUUUUGAUCUCGCUGCAGCCAACACGCGCCGCCAUUGCCGAACGUCAAGUAUCUUUGUGCCAAAGUUAGGAUCAGCGUGAAUUUGGACUACUGGCAGGGACUCCAGCCACGAUGCAGCGCUCACCCACACAUGCACUAAUACAGAAACACCCUUGAUCUCAUGCACAGGAAAGCAUAUGACACACACACACAUAAACACACACACUCCUCUCCCUCUACCAUCAGCUGUAGCAGAUGUCCAGUCUUGGCAUCGAGUCCCCGGACAGAGAUUUACACUCGACCGUAUAUGUAGCACUUUUGUGAUCCUCUGUCCGAGAGAGGCGCGUCCCUUCGGCUGAGAGUGAGGACACUGUCGGUGAGUUGAUGUCUCCGUUAGCAAGUCCAGGACGAGGACAGCGUCAACACAUGAAAUACAAUCAACCUGAGAGCACUCCCCGGUGAUGCCAGUAGCCAAAACACACACAAACACACACACACAAAUAAAUAAAACAACAUCCAAACGUCGUAGCAACAUUAUGCAUCAACACAAUAAUCAAAGACAUAUGCAAAGUGGAGAGCAGGAAUCCUUGUGGGAGACAUGUUGGAAUCAGACUCAGGGCUUUUCAGUAAGGACCAAACCCUAGCUGCUUUUCAGGCACGCUAGAAAACAGGCAAUAUUUAUGUGUGUGUUCUUGAAGCCGUCUCGAUCAGCUCAACCCCUCAGCGUGUACAUAGAAGGUGACAAGUCUGAAAAAACAGCAUGGAUGCCAGUCUCUCAGAGGGGAGGGGGGGGGGGGGGGCGACCCAUCAUCGUCGUCAUUGUCGGCGUCACUCCCCCAACCCCCCUCCCCCUCCCCUGUUCUUGCAGCUGGCAUCCGUGCGACACAACUACCUUCUCAUCCCAAAAGCCAUUAUAUCAUCUUGUCUCGUGUAUAUCCUUACUUCUCUUUUAAAGGAGGCGUGGAGGACUUUGUGUCCUCGUGUAUCAUUUCUUUAUUGCCAAAAUGUCUCAGCAGGCGUUCAGCUGAUAGAGAUUCAGCUGAUGUACAGUUCAGAUGUUCUUUUUUUUUUUUUGGUCUCUCUUUGAAGCAAUAUGAACGUUCUCUCUGUAGCGGUGAGAGUUCCCAUCUUUGGAAUAUGGGCAGGUCUCCUCAUCUAGAGUUGUGUGAGAGAGUGUGAGUGGGUGCGUGUGUGUGUGUGCGUGCGUGUAUGGGUUUGUGUGUGAAUGCUGUAACACGUUUUCAGUCAUUGGGGGAAUGUCCUUGGUUUGGUGCUCUCACACAAAAAAAAAACCCCUCCCGUGUGAUGACCUCAUCCUCUCUCUCUCUGCCGGGCUGUCAGGAUAUUAAUGAUGGUGACGCAGGAAGAACAUUGAGAUUAUGUCGUUUUGUUUUUGUUUCUCAACAUGGCCAAGGUGUUGUCUACCCUCUGUUUAUGUCAACUCUUGUCAUACAAAGAAAAGCCAUAUAAACAGUAAGAGGCACAAUAAACUACUUUUGUGAGAUUA